AUGGCUUUUUUUAGAGCACAUAAAAUAUACAAAAAGGGAAACUUCAAAUGUAGCUAUGAAUUGGAGAAGCACAUUUUAAGUGGCCACCUGGAGGGAGGACAGUUGCACGAAAGUGGAGAAGAGGAAGAGGAAGGGAAUGAAAGUUAUGAAGUUGGGGUAAAAGACAGAUGGGACCCAUGUGCAGGCUCUAAAAAGGAGGAGACAAAUGAGCGAAGAGGCAAAAGGAAUGAUGAAGAAGGGUACGCAGAAUCUCACUUGAGUGGUUCUACUGCCAAUUCUAUUGAAAAUGAGGAUAAAACGGAAAACAGGACAAAUGUGGAAUGUGAAAGCGGCGCUCAAGGCGUGGAUGGAGACUUCCUAUGGAGCGUGAUGACCGCGUUGAACGAGGGAAAAAAAAGUCACGCAGUACGCUUAAGGGGUGGAGAUGAACAUGCUGAACAGGUAAUAGACAAAAUGCCUCAAAUUCACUUAAGCAAAAAAUAUAUCGACGUGGGAUGCCUCGCUACUUGGAAAUUGUCAAGCAGUAAAAGCAAAUCGGACACGAAAAAAUUAAAAGACAAUAAUGUGAACACAUAUUGGCAGUCCUCCGGCUUAGGACCACACACAAUCACAGUACAAUUUUUUAAACUUACGAAAAUUUCCAAAAUAUAUUUACUCCUUAAUUAUUCAUUAGACGAAUCUUACACGCCUUACGAAAUAUCCAUCAAAGUAGGAAACGAUGAAAAUCGUCUCGAUAUUUUAUGUAACACCUUUUGCGAUGUGAACAAACAUCCUGUUGACGAUGCUUUCUGGUUUAUUAUUGACUUGGGAAAUUUUCAACUCCACUCUUACUUUUAUAAUUACAAUAUGAAUGCCUUCAAGCGUAUGAAUUUUAUAUACUGCCAUUGCAUACAAAUUUGUGUCAUGUCUAGUCAUCACUAUGGGCGUGACACUCGCAUACGGCAGGUAAAAAUUUUUGGUCCCACCUAUCCUUUUUAUGAGCAUGAUAAAUCGCUCAUUUUGUGA